GGUAGGUAAAUUUAUACCAAGUAGUUGGUUGUUAACUUAUGCAAAUCUUAAUCAGCAUUAAUUACGACUAGUAAUAAUGAGACAGUUACGUGUAUAUGGUAAAGGAAUGUUAAUAUAUCGUUCAUAUUAUUGGACUGAUGUUUACAAGAAAGCUAUAGCGUUAGGUGAUAAAUAUUACAUAGAUCCUAAAACUGGUUAUACAGUUUUUACUGAAAUUGAACACUUAACUCGUGGUUAUUGUUGUCAUUCAAAAUGCCGCCAUUGUCCUUAUCACCAUAGCAACAACUGGAGUAAUCUACCUAAGGAUAAAAAAUAAUAAUUCAUAUUCAAUGUUCAAUGAAUCGAUUAUCAAUACUUUUAUUAAUUAAACUCAUUUUCUUUUAGUGCUGUACUUAUUUAGUUAAAUAUUUCACUUAACAAAAUAGAGCUUGUUUAAAAUUUUAAAAAA